AUGGAGUCAAAAUCAUUUAACUCAGUAGAUGACGAAAAGCUGAUUGAAUGUGUCCGAAAUUAUCCUGUUUUGUACAAAUUAAGCGACAAAAAUUAUAAGGAUAAUUCCGUCAAAGAGAACGCCUGGAAAGAAAUUGCACACUUCGUAGGAAAAAAUGUAAACGACUGCAAAACACGUUGGCGUACAGUAAGAGAUUCGUACAAAAAAAAUUUGAAAAAACGUAAAUUAGGUACUGGUUCAGCAGCUCCUACAAAAUCAAAGUAUAACGAUGAUGCAUUAAGUUUCUUAAACAACAUUGAAGAUGAAAGAAGAACUAAGUCGAACAUUGCCUACAAAGAAAACUUAACCUAUUCAGAGGUUAUGGAAAAUGAAAGUUUUAAUCAAACUGCGGAGUCAGAAGAAAAUAGUUUUUCUAAUAAUUCUGGUCAAGUUUCAUUAGAAACAGAUAAUUCGAUAGUCGAUCAACCACUGGAAAAUGAAAUACGUGAUAGUUUGACAGACAGAUUUCGAAAACCGUAUGAAAAACCAAAAAAAAUUGGAACAAAGGAUAAGAUAAUUGAGGAAAUCAAGAAAGGGCUAGAGGAGCGUUUGGUGGCAUUGAAAGAGAUGAGACGAGGCGAAUUAUAUUAUGUAAUGAUCCAAUUCAAAUUUUUUUUAAAAGCAUGGCUUCGACAGUGGCAACAUUUCCCCCAGAAUUGGCCGUAG